GCUCCUCUCUCUCUCUCAGCCACAUUACUGAAAUGUUACAACACUCACUUCCUACAGGGACAGUCCCCACCCCCUUUACUUGGUUUUAGCACGGAUCCCCGCACGGCUCGGCUCGACUCGCUGCCAGCCCCGGCCCUCCUCCAGGGCUGCCUGAGCCGGCGUUUGAUUGGAUUAGAGCCGGCUAGCCUUUGCCCUCUCACCCCGCUGAUGCUGGCUGCUUCCUGCUCCCUCCGCUCACCCUGACCGACUGACGAAACUCGCCGAAGCCGCACGGCGAAGCGCCCUGCACGGACACAGAGCACCGGGACGAGCCGCUGCAGCCCGACCACAGCCACCAAACACGCAAGCGGGCUGACGGAGAAAACGAGGCAGUCAUGCGGAGGAAAUCGAGGAUAUUGUUAUGUUUUGCGGUGCUGUGGGUGGUGGGGAUAGCCUACUACUUCUACUCGGGGACAGCGCUGAGUCGAAAGGAUGAAUGGGGCUCCAGUGACUCGUCGAGUAAGAGCAAAGCUCAAAUCUCUGACGACAAGACUAAAGGCCUGGAAACUCUACCGCCAGGUAAGGUGCGCUGGCAGGACUUUGACCAGGAUCUGUACGUUGGAGCCACAGUGGUGCGAGCGGGUCAGGAUCCGUACGCCAGGAACAAGUUCAACCAGGUGGAGAGCGACAAACUCCGUAUGGACCGAGCCGUGCCCGACACCAGACAUGACCAUUGCAGACAUAAACAAUGGAAGACUGAACUGCCCGCCUCCAGCGUUGUCAUCACUUUCCACAAUGAAGCUCGCUCUGCUCUGCUGAGGACUGUGGUCAGUGUCCUGAAGAAAAGUCCUGUUCACUUGGUCAAAGAAAUCAUUCUGGUAGACGACUACAGUGAUAACCCGGAGGAUGGAGCGCUUCUGGGGAAAAUAGAAAAAUUACGCGUGUUGAGAAACGACCGCAGAGAAGGACUGAUGCGUUCGAGGGUCCGCGGAGCAGACGCCGCCGUGGCUCCAGUCCUCACCUUCUUAGACUCUCACUGUGAAUGUAACGACCACUGGCUGGAGCCGCUGCUGGAGAGAGUGGCCGAGGACAAAAGCAGAGUCGUUUCUCCUAUCAUCGAUGUCAUCAACAUGGACAACUUCCAGUACGUAGGAGCCUCGGCUGAUCUGAAAGGAGGUUUCGACUGGAAUUUGGUGUUUAAAUGGGACUACAUGACUCUGGAGCAGAGACGAGCCAGACAAGGCAACCCCAUUGCCCCCAUAAAGACUCCAAUGAUAGCAGGAGGUCUUUUCGUCAUGGAUAAGGACUACUUUGAGCUGCUGGGAAAGUACGACAUGAUGAUGGACGUAUGGGGAGGAGAAAACCUCGAGAUCUCAUUUCGGGUGUGGCAGUGUGGUGGCAGUCUUGAGAUCAUCCCCUGCAGCAGAGUUGGGCACGUCUUCAGAAAACAACAUCCAUACACCUUCCCCGGAGGCAGUGGGACUGUGUUUGCAAAGAACACGAGGAGAGCAGCAGAGGUGUGGAUGGAUGAGUAUAAAAACUUUUACUACGCUGCCGUCCCCUCAGCGAGAAACGUCCCCUAUGGAAAUAUCCAGAGUCGUAUGGAGAUGAAGAAGAGAUUAGGAUGCAAACCAUUUAAAUGGUACCUGGACAAUGUCUACCCGGAACUACGAGCACAGCGGACUGGAGUAGAUGAAAUUAGCAACCCUAUGUACAGAGUGCAGAAUCGUUUUGAAUCCAAUCGUGACCCCAAGAAUCGAAUUAAAUCUGUCCCGGACCACCAGGACAUCGCGUUCGGAGCGCUGCAGCAGGGAGGAAACUGUCUGGACACUCUGGGCCACUUUGCUGACGGCGUGGUGGGCGUCUACGAAUGCCACAACGCCGGAGGAAACCAGGUAGCGUUACUACGACGACACACACAGGAGUGGGCCCUGACCAAGGAUAAGUCUGUGAAGCACAUGGACCUGUGUCUGACCGUGGUGGAGCGCACGGCCGGCUCCCUCAUCAAACUACAGGGCUGUCGAGAGAACGACAGCCGACAGGUAAACACGCAGAAAUGGGAGCAGAUUGAGUCCAACUCGAAGCUUCGUCACGUGGGUAGCAACCUCUGCCUGGACAGCCGCAAUGCCAGGAUGGGGGGCCUCACGGUGGAGGUCUGCAGCCCGAGCCUCAACCAGCAGUGGAAGUUCACCCUCAAUCUACAAUCAUAGGGGGGGGCUGCGGACCCUGGGAAGAGCUGGAUGUUUGAUAGAGACACCAACAGACUCUGAGACACGGAUUAAGAGAUGGAAAAAGACUCUGGAUGGAUAAACGGAUCCCUCUCGCUCCUCGGAGGUGCAGCAAGUCUAUACACCUCUCCCCCACCCUCACCCCUCCCAAAAGAGCCAAACCCACCAGGGGAGGGGCUUGUAGACGUUGCUGGAGUAAACAGGAAACGGACUGUAUUUGUUGGAUGAAAGGUGAAAAUGAUGAUCAUUAUGAGGAUAAAAGCGAUGGAGCGACUUUCCAUUCAAACUACAUACCUCAGUGUUUUUUCAUUGAUGGUUCCAGAAGCAAAUGUUGUUAUUUUACGUUCUUUAAUGCAGGUGAGGUAGAACUGUUUUUACUUUGUAAUUACAUUAUUAUUGAUAUUUUUUAUUGAUUGCCGGUAACUCUCCGCGGAGGUUUCACAGGAACUCUUUUUUUCUUUUUCUUAAAGGAAGGUGACAUUAAUGUUGUUGUUCCUUUGGGCUUUCUCUCUGUCUCACCACACCGAGCCGGAGCCUGUAAAGGCAGGUGGAGGCUUCAUGUUGAGGUCUGGGUGUAGAGUGAUAUGAAGGCUGGAAAUGGACUCAACUCCUUGAGCUUUUCAUCUUGUCAUUAGUUCACAGGAUCAUUGGAGGAAAGAGAGCCACAGUGGAGAGAAGAAGCUGUGUGUUCUGCUUUGGUUUCUACACAGUUUCUUCUGCAGAUUGGGUCUUGGGGAAAGGGGAAGGGUGUUAAGGGAGAAGCUUCUCUGCUUUGGUCGGGGCCUGAAACUGGUUUGGUUUGGUCGGAAGUUCAAAACCGAAACCAGGAAGUGUCUUGAAGCCACCCCUCAGGAUUUACUGUUUGUCGUCGGGCUGCCGCACUGGCUGCCGCAGCAUCUUCAUGUCUACCCCAUUAUGUCUCUUUAAAAAAACAACUCUCUUAACACUCUUCUUUUGUCACACAAAUAAUGGAACCAAAUUUUGAAUGGAUGUUUUUGUUUCAGGAAUACAAGAACUUUGAUUAAAAGGGUUUUUCUUCACAAGCUCUCGCUGCUCUCUAACUGCUCCCUGUGGAGCCGCUUAAUUUAUACAUCUCCUUUCCUGCACAGAUCAUUUUCUUUGUGUCUAAUAUUGCCAUUUAGGGAUGUUUACUGUCACACCCACCUGGAUUUCAUGUUGCAGUUUUACCAACUGGUUUUGGCUGCAAAGGUAUUACCGACAUUUAUCUAUAAUAUUACCACAAGCAGAUAUCUUCCCAACUGAGAUGGGUUUUUUACCUGAUUUCAACACACACCUGCCUGCUCUUGUCCGGCAAUAGAAGGAAACACUAAUGUGUGGCAGACAUUGACAAAGUAAAACGUUGCUUAUUCCAGCCUCCAGAACAGUUUUUAAUGCAAAAAGAUAGAGGUUUCCUGACUAGUCAAACUGUACGAAAUGUGCGUGUGUUCUUAGCUGCAUGUAUCACCAGCCAGCUCCCACACUUACAGUCGGUCGGUAGUGUCUCCAUCAACAUGUCUUUCUUUCCUUCAUUGUGCCUGUUAGAUGAGCCAUCUGUUCUGAGGUUUGGAUCUGCAAUAAACAAGGUUUUACUGUUUGUCCCCCCACUCUGUUCUGCUGGAGGUGAGCAGAUCUUUCUGAUUGCACAAGCAGGACGAGAUGAGAACACCUUUUCUUUAUUUUGAUUGAUAUUUAUGAGCUCCUUUAUUCUGAGGAACAAGAUUUCGGUGUCCCCGAACCGCAUUGUGCCACAUCUUCAUCUUUUGUUACCUGAUAGUGUUACGGAUGCCAGUUACAGUUCAUACAUCUGUGUGCUAAUCCAUUACCUGACGCCUGUUUUGCAUCUUUGCAACAAUAGUCUCUCCUCGCCUUCAACACAGGUUCCUCUUAGCUGCUAUGCUUCUCUGUACUGUUAGUCACUGAUGAGUCAUGAAGGUACAAUUACAAAAUACAAAAAUUCAGAGUGACACAUCACUUGGCAGCUUCAAGGCAACAUGAACACAAAACAUCUUUAAGCAUACGGUACAACACAAAUUGCCUAUAAUCAACUAUUUACUAGUUUAUUCUAGAAAGAGGUUGCAUCCUCAAGUGUUGUUUUAAUGUCAAAUAUCCUCUCUGUAUCCCUCUCUCAUUUUCACAUCCGUUCUCUUGAUUUUUGUUUUACUGUGUUACAGUAACAGACAAAGACAGCUGCUCAUGUUUACUGGGUUGUCUGGUUCUUUUCCAUCCUCCGUUUCCAUCCCAUUGUUUGCUUUCUACCAUUUUGUUCCUUGUACCGGAUGUUUACCUUGUGUUCAACAUUCACACGACUGUAGACAGAGUGAGGGGCGAAGUGAAGGUCAGAUCAGACUGCAGUUGGAUUCAAAAUCAUAUCCUUAGACUUGACGUGUCGCUGCAUUGUGCUGCGAGAUUGAGCUGUGACUAGAUGUGAGGAACGGUUUCUGUUGCUAUGGUGACCAGGCUCAAUGGCCCCAAGUCUGAUUUAAGGUUUCCGUUUAUUUUUGUGUUGAGCAGCAGGUGGAUUUACCGCUCCUGUUAUGUCUUAAAUUCAGAUUAAGUAGAAGAUUGUUGCAAAUCAAUAACUGUAAUAUUGAAGAACUAAUAGAAAUUAAAGUAAAAAAUAUAUAUCUUAUAAUCAGUUGUUCCUUAACAUCUCCUUUAUGUGUAUUACAACAGUGCCUCAGGUUUUAAUUCUGUAAUGGGGUAGAUACAUAUGUUGUAGCCCCCACAUUUAGUAUCUUUUGACUACAAAUUGUGUGGAAAUCCUCAGAAACUACGUACAAAAGUCUUAAAUUAUGUUCACUAUAAGAACCCAAAACUCUGAGCUAUUCAUUGUCAAAGCAUCUGGCCCUUGUCCUAUGUUGUGAGGAUAAAAUGCCGAGGUUUUUAAUGGUGUAUAGCGCCCUCUAUUGUGGAUAACAGCUAUACAAAAAGGGACUAAAGGUAUUAAACUUCUGAUGCACAAUGCACCAACGGGGACAUUCCAAGAUUUUUCUUAAUCAAAUUUUCUUCAGCUUGUUUCUAUUAUUAAAGUUUGAAUCAAGCCCUAAUAAAAUGGCCAGCUAGUACAAACUUAACAGGCGUGAGAAUCUAACUGCUAACCCCAGAGAGAGGUUGGUAAUGCUGUCUGUUACAACUGUUCAGAUAUGUUGUUUGAAGCCUUUUCUUUGAAAAACCAGUCUUAUUCUUGUGAAGAUGAAAGAAUGCUAUUUUAUUUGUUUGUUCUACGAAUUUUGAUUGGAUUAUUCAAUGUUUACAUCUUUAGCACUAUGUGCCAACGUUUUCCUUCCUAUUUUCUCUGUAUGAGGAAGAAUGAGAAGAGGUAAAAGUCAUUGGAAAUGCUGUCGCAAAGAACUGAAUGCAAAUUGCAGGUGGUAUAUGUUGUGUAUCUCAUUCUUCUUCCUAGUCCCAGUCAGACCUGCAGGACACACUGGGGCGGGUACGUCUCUAAGAUGAUGAUGGUGUUGGUCUUAUAAUGGACACAGGUUGCAAAUGUUUCAUGUCUUUUAGAUGUGUCUUCAAAAAGUCUGUUGUGGCAGAACUAACUCUGUGUGUUAGCUUAAAGCUAAAUUCUAAAGGAGAACGAAUGUUGUCAAUAUUGUAGACAUGUAUUAUUAGAAAAUACUUCACCCACAAAAUUGAUACGUACAUAAAUUAAUCACCACCAUUUUUCUCAAAUGCCUCAACGGUGAAAGCAGAAUCAAAAUACAGAGACAUUUCUUGAUUAAUUGUAAUAAAUGGGAGCUGUGUUAACAUGGGCUGAAUUAUUCAUAGUAAAAGGUUUUAGUAUUUCUUUAAAAGGAGGUGUAUAACUGAUCACCAGUCAGUGAACAAGAGCAUUUCCCCACCUGAGCAAGUAGGACUUUAUUCAUACUGUGUUUGGUGAACAAUUAAUGGCUUGAUAUUAACAGGUAUGAAGGUGAGCUCUGUGUUCUCUCAGCCUUUUACCUCAAAUGGGAAGCAGGGUAAUUUCAUGAUUCUUCCUCAGCCCACCUUAAAUCCUCUUUUAGGAUUUACAGAAGAGUCCACUCUGAUAAGUGAAAGCCCUGCGGAGACAUCCAGCUCAGGACUGCUUAAGCUUCCCAUCUUUUGCUACCAGUUUCAGUCACAGUGUGUGUGAGUCCAGACAUGAGAGGGGCUUUGGACAAAAUACUCUUCCCUUCAACCAUGAAAGAUAUAAGGUGCAACAGUAAUCAAUGAACUACAGGGGUGAUGAUGUGUUUUCUAAGAGGAGUGUGGCUUCAUUGGAGGACAGUGGUGGGUGUUAUGGCAAGAAACAUGUAAAAGUGUAUAUUUUUGUAUAUACCUACAUCAGUGUGUGUACAGUAUGUACAUAUAUACACAGUGUACUCAGCCGCGGUUCCUAGUUUUGUUGUCAGACUGUACAGCGCUUCUAACUGUCCCCUGUUUUAUAGAUUCUGCAGAAAUUCAACUUUGAAUGAGGAGAAAUGAUUAACUUAAAUAAAUGCAUUUAUAUAUAAAA